UAAAUUGUAAACAAUUAAAUUUGUUAGGAUUGGAAAAUAAGCAAAGUGAUUAAACUGAUUCAUUGAAUGAUCCGUAAUUUAAUCUAAUUCAAUUGUCUCAACGUGGCCGCGUGCACCCGGAGGACUUGAACUUGAAUAGACCAGCGAACUGAUGAACUGUUGAUGCUCAUACUUUUCUGCUAUUUUUAGAUCCAAUAAAUGACAAAGCAAAUAAAAUAUUCGAAAUUUUUGAUGGAAAUCACCAAGUCCACAAUCGAAACUUGAAGUCGUUUUGUUGCUUUAGUGCUUAUAUGAAUUUAUACUUAGCCAAUGUCGAAAAAAACGCUCUUCAAUCUCUAAUUAUCGCAAGAGAACCAUUUUGGUUCAUAUUAGCGCUUUAUCUAGUGAAAUCAAUGAAUAGAGAGUAAGUUCCAAUCGACUGUUGGCCAUAUCGAGAGCGAAAUUGUUUCCAUACCAAGAGCGAUCUCGCUCAUUCCAAAUUGGUUUAACUUUUUCUAUUCCAAAGACAAAAAUGAAAAAGUAUUUACUGUUAUUGAGAUGAGAUAAAUCAUUGAUCUGAUAAUAGAUUAGAGAUGAUUGAGACUAAUCAAUUUUACUCAUUUAAUUUUCAAACAAUGUGAUUAAAAUUAUCUAUUUAAUUAGUGAUCAAGACCAAAUUUGGUGAGCAUUAUUUCAUUAAGCCAUUUUCUAUCACUUAAAGUUUAAUGUUAGAGGUCUAUGAGGGAGAUAUGAAAAUACUUUAAUUGUUACCAAAUUCGGGCUUGAUUAGAUCACUAAUCAGAAAUUGAUUCUUUUUUUUCGACCAGCUCAAUAAAUACGCCUUCGAGAACAAUCUAAUAUAUAAAAUAAACACUCAAUUGUCAAUUUAAUUGUAACAAUCGAAGGCUUAGCUUGGAUUCUAGCUAGACUACAAUUUAGUCUCUGGAUUUUUAAUUUCUUUGAUUCAGUUGUUGUGAAUUUAUUUUCGAAAGUUCUUUUGAUCUUAUUCAACUCAUCGAAUUCAAUCAACAUGAAUAGUGAACAAAACUCUUCAUUCUUAAGUCUCAACACUGAUUACCUUAAAUCUAAAUUGUGUAUUUCUAAAGUGAUCAUAAUAAUAUUUGCAUUGAUUUCAAUCAGUUUGUUGUCACCAAAAUAUCAAUUGUUUUAUGUUACAAAUCAAUAUUUAUUUCUUUACGCAAUUAACUGGAUCCAAUUGUACACGAUCACAAUUAUGCUAAUUUGUUGUCUAUUUUCAACCAAUACUUCAUCACUAUUGGUCCAAACUAGCAUUGAGUAUGUUUAUCAUAUUAUAUCAAUGUUCAUGUACCUGGCCAUUAGUUCAUGGUCGUUCUCAUGGCUGAAUUACAAUGAAGAUACAACUUAUCUAUUUGCAGCGAUAUUUGCAUUACUAAACUCCUUCGUUCAUGCAGCUCAUGGUUAUUUCUCAAUUUUAUUAAGGUGAAUUGUGAACAAUUAACUAAGUUUAAGAAGGCGAAUCAUCAAACUGAUUGUAUAAAAUUGACGAAAUAAAUUUUUUAUAUCACUU